UGGAAGUCCUUUUAUGCAGCUCUGCUUGCUUGGCGAUCAUGUCUGGCACGAUGGGCGGCACGAGUACUCCACACAGCCUGACAUCAAAGGGGGAACCCUCCAAUUCUGGGUCUAUAAACAUUCAGAUGAUUACUGAUUUUAUUACUCGUUUGGAUGAGGCAGCAAAGAGAAGGUUGGAUUCUAUGAAUCAGAAGCUGAGAGAUAUGGAGAGGCAAAUGGAAGCACUUGAAACCAACAUAAAAAAUAGCUUCGACGGUGCUUAGUCAAUUGAGGCCACUUGCCAUGCUCCGAAGUUGGAGGAAGUGUAUGCAGAGAACUAUAGGGUGCUGAAGACGGGGGCAUUUUACAGAGCACAUCCAUUCUGUUGCAGAGAUCUACAGGGUGCUAAAGUUGGGGGGAUUCUACGAGAAAGAACCAGAUCCUCAAGCAUAGUUGUGGUGUAGAUUGAAGAGACGACAAACAUGAACGCACUGUCUAAUGGAAAAUGAAGACGGAGAUGGAAACGAAGUGGAGAUAGAGUAGUG